AUGAGGUUGCAGGUCCUGUUGCACCCGCAAUUGCGCACGUCGCUGCCCCGAGCCGUGCGGAGAGAUCUGAACAGCAGAUUGUUUACUCGCUUCAAGACAACCCAGAAACCCCUUCGAUCCUCCAAGGAUGAGGUCCCCUCGCUGAAGCCCAAGGAUCCGAAUGUGAUUGCCUCGCGGAAUCCAACGACACCCUCGGCACACGCAAAGACAACCAUUAGACGAGCCGGUGAUGCGCUGGCCGAUUGGGAACUGAAUUUGAACUAUACAGGGCCACCGGAACGCAUAUUGAUCUAUCAUGGAGGAACGGGGAAUACGAUGUUUCUGGGAAUGUUGAGACUCACCACCAUAUUUCUCUUUGGUGUGUCCGUUCUCAUCGUCGCGCCAGCAUUCGCUAGCGAUGAACACCCGUGGUAUAUAGCUCCUGCUGUGGUUGUUGGCGGUGCUUUGCCUAUGCUUUUCGUUUCCUACACAUCCGCCCCCUUUGUCAACUUCGUUCACCUUGCACUCCCGAUCUUUGCUCGGCGCUCGCGCGAGCAAGCUAUUCAGUAUGCGAAAGACUUGCCUCCGACAGCCACUCUAUACAUCAACACGAUGAAGUUUACCACUAUCCCUCGACAGACGGAAGUGCGAUUAGGAGAUCUUGCCCGCGGGAAGUCUCUGGUACGGCCCGUGAGCUUUCGCAAUAACAAUCCCGUUCCUCUUCCCUGGUGGCAAGGGAAAACGCUCCGGGAAUUCUACACGUCAGAUAAAAGUAAACCUGGGAGGACGUCUACGACAUUCUAUCCCGAGUUGUGGGAACAUGUAUACAAGCAAAUACGCAAUCCCGGGUCAUCAAAGAAAAAUUAA